GGCUACAUUGUGGUGGUCUGCUCCAGUGCACUCACACAUACUAACAGGUGCUUGUCGUUCAGCGCGGCAGCCGUGCUGUUGCAAGUCAAGAUGAACGUCAAGCGUCACCUUCGGCAGAAGAACACCCUCCCCGCCAUCUUCGCCGAGACGCUGCGUCGCCACGGCGACAAGACGGCGCUCAUCUUCGAAGGCACGGACGAGCGGUGGACCUUCCGGCAGCUGGACGAGUACUCCAGCCAGGUGGCACACCUGCUGCUCCAGCGCGGAUUCAAAGAGGGCGACGUGGUGGCCCUCUUCAUGGAGAACAGCUGCCAGUACGUGGGACUGUGGCUGGGCAUGGCCAAGGUGGGCGUGGAGGCGGCGCUCAUCAACUUCAACCUGCGACUGGACGCCUUGGUGCACUGUGUCACCAUCUCUCACGCCAAGGCACUGGUCUUUGGCUCCGAGCUGGCUGACGCCGUGUCCCAGGUCCAGUCCUCCAUGGGCCAGACGCUGCAGGUCUUCUGCUGUGGACCCUGGGACCCCAAACGGGUGCCGCGGGGUACCGAGUCCCUGGAGCCGCUGCUGGCCGCCGCCCCUUCGCACCUGCCCAGUCGACCUCAACGCUGCUUCACAGACCGCCUCUUCUACAUCUACACGUCCGGAACCACGGGGAUGCCCAAAGCUGCCAUUGUGGUGCACAGCAGGUAUUACCGCAUGGCCGCUCUGGUCUAUUACGGCUUCAGGAUGACGCCGGACGACGUCUUGUACGACUGCCUUCCGCUCUACCACUCUGCAG